UGUGACAAGUUCGGGUCAUACAGCAGUCAGGUAAAACUCUGCGUACGACUCUGACUCGACACGAACACACCCUUGACAGCUACAAUGUUUUCAUGUGUUCUGAUGUGUAUUCAAAUAUAGACCUAGGCAUUCGGGCCUAUAUAAGAAUUGCACAAAUGGAUUUUGCGAUAUUAUAGUGCAUUAAUAUAAGUUCUUUGUCCAGUGCAAGCUAGGCUGCCUAGUUUGCCUAUGCGUAAGGCCGGCCCUGGAGACAGCUUGCCGCCUAAUGCACCGAACAACGCGGGAGGACCUAAGUUUAAAUACAAUUUCAGAUUACCAAUUUUAAAGAAUGUUGGUUUGGUGUUGUUUCCUCUAUGAAGAUAAUGAUUACGUCCCGUUAGAGUCCAAAUAAGAAAGAAACAAUCUAGAAAAAUCUAGAUGACAUCUUCAGUAUUUCUAUUGGUUGCUUCGCAUGUAGCAGUAUUAGCAUAAAUAGGGCGGCCUACUGCUUUGUUUAUCCGGCCCUAAAAUGUCAGCAACAGUUGACUUACUUACUAAUGCCACAAUCACCAAAAGGCAGGCGGAAGACCCUCACGCAGAGCCGCAGUACGAAGAGACUUUCCUUCAGCUGACACUGUUGAUAGCGUACUUCAUGGUGUUGACUGUAUGGCUGUUUCGCAUAGUCUUAUCCUUCGCAACCGAUAGCUACCCAAAGAGGCCAUCAGUCGACCAUGGCCUUGCCAAUCACUGCAAUAAUGUGGAUGCAGAGAGCCAGAACUCCAACGGCGACGCCCAGGCCUCUUUCAGGAUCAUCGUCUCCAACGAAUUCAUGACCCUGGAGCACAAGCCUCACAAGGCGGAGGAGAUAAAGGAGGAGCCAGUGAAUGCGCAGGCAGCGCCUCAUGAAAGUAAACCUACACAUGACAGCCCCCCAAGACCAGGACCGGAAGUCGUCUCACUGGAUAAAUUUCUUUCAGCAUUGGUGGUGUUUGGUGCAGUAAUGAUCUAUUUCUACAUGUGUGAUUACAGAAAGCUCUUUGAACAAGGGGAGAGAACCUAUUCCAGAGAUGUGUUCUUGUUCCUUGUUUUCCUCUUCUUCUUGGUCAGCUGCUGCUUCACGAUCAAACCAAACUCGGACAAAAUACUCAACAGAGACCAAACGGAAGAGUGGAAAGGUUGGAUGCAGGUCAUGUUUGUAUGGUAUCACUAUUUCAAAGCGAAAGAGUGGUACAAUUGGAUACGCGUGUAUAUAGCAUGCUACGUUUGGAUGACAGGGUUUGGAAACUUCUCGUUUUUCUGGAUUAGGAACGACUACUCUUUGUGGCGAUUUCUAAAAAUGAUGUUUCGCUUGAACUUCAUGGUGAUUUUCGUUGCCAUGGCAACAAACAACGAGUACAUGCUGUACUACAUCUGCGCCAUGCAUACCUACUGGUUCAUCUCUGUCUACGUAUUCAUGCGCGUCCUGCAGUCAUGGAACCGGAACAGGAAACUAAUGGCGCUCAAGUUUUUGGCGUACGCCAUUUUUAACUCAGUCAUCUUCGAAAUCCCGAGCUUGGGGUACUACAUUUUCUGGCCGUUCAAAUUCCUCCUCGGACUCCACGACAACUCUCCAGAUGUUCUGCAUGAAUGGAUUUUCAGGGCCGGCUUGGACCAUUGGGCCUGCUUCUUUGGAAUGCUCUGCGCAUAUAACUACCCUCAUUUUGAGAUGCUCAUGCAUUACCUGGACUCAAAAUCUAUCUCGAAAAAUGAAGCCUUGAAAAAGCAGUGCGUGCGCGCUCUGAUGGGCGCCAUUUGCUUGGUUUUAGGCUUCGUGUGGUACUUUGUGUUCAUGACUAAAGACAAGUAUCAGUACAAUGGCAUCCAUCCCUACACUUCCAUCAUACCUAUUCUGGUUUAUAUCGUACUGAGAAACAUUCAUCCUUAUUUCAGAUCUUACCAUGUCAGUUUGUUUGCUUGGCUUGGGAAGAUAACUCUAGAAACAUACUUGUCACAGAUCCACAUCUAUUUGCUGUCCAAUGCUCGUACUCUGUUGGUCUUCUUGCAUGGCUACCCACUGCUGAACUUCUCCCUGACCACAAUCAUCUACUUGUUCAUGUCACAUACCAUGUUUUCCAUCACCAAUGACUGCAGCACUUACUUCCUGCCCAAAGACCACAAGAAACUUCUCAUGAAUGUAAUGUGCAUGACAGCCCUUUUUGGUGCCAGUGCUCUGAUUGCUUUUGGUUUUUCAUACUAGCAGAUCCACGUGUAGAUUCAGUGGCGUAGAUAGGGUGGGAAGGAGGAGGGAGAGAAUUUGAAAAUCUCUCAAGCCCCCACUUGAGGGUAGCCCCAAAUGAGUGUUUUUUACAUUAAAAAUUAAAUAUUACGCAAGAUGCAGGGGCCCCCAAAGAGGUCAAUACCCCUGUAAAAAUAUUUAUUUACCAGAUUUUUCUCUUUUGAUUAUUAUCCUUAUAGUGGUUAAUAUUGAAGCCUGCUAUUACAUUCACAUUAAAAAACGAUAUUGAAAUUAGGGAAACUUUUGUAAUAGUUCAAUGUACAAAAAUAAUGAUAUCUAUGGCCCCUAGAGGCAAUGGAGCAAAAAAAAAAGUUUCCUCUUCGGGAACAUUACUGGGCCUGAGAUUAUGUGAUCUUUGUUUGCCCGCUGACGCUUCAUGAUCUCUCUCUCUCUCUCUCUCAACCUUUGAAAAUACCUGAAUACUGCUUUUUUCCAUUUAAAAGUUUCUUUUUAAUUUAAAAAAAGGGAAGGUUACUUGCUAUAAUUUUUUUUUAAUUUAAUUUUUUUUUGUAUUUUGCAAUUAGACUAGUUUCAUAGAUUAAGAAGAUUAUAUGCUUCAGUGCCUGUUUUGAGGUAUGAUAGAUACCUCUUUUAGACCUUGCAAUCUAUAUGUCUUGAUGUAAAGGUUAUUUAAUUCAAUGGUUAAUGAAGAUGUCAUGUAGCCACUUAUGUCAGGUACCCAUUCAAAAUCCUUAUCUUCAAAACCCUCUUAGCUAUCACACCCUGCCUGUUUUGAGCUCAGUGAUUUUUUAUACUGUGAUGCUGUUUCAAGCUUUUUUAUUCUGAGAGUAUUUUGAAAGGAUAUGUUGAACAUAUCCCCAGAAUAUCAAAUCUAUUUCGUGUGUUCUGAAUGUCCAUUUAUUAAAAACAAAAUACAGUACUUUGAUCCGAUCCUAAAAAAUUAGUUUAUCAUUAUUUUGAUGUUAAUAAUUAUGUAAAAAUAAAUAUGAAUAAAACUAUACCACCCAAUCCCAACUAAGUUUGUAACUAAGAUAAAAUAAUAAAUUUUGAUACUCUUAAAAUAGGUUGUAUGUAGGUAUUUCUUAAACAAUACAUUUUUUUUUAAGAAAACAAAUCUUGUUUUAGGUUAUCUCCAGAAAAUGUUUCAAAUUGUUUUAGGGUGAUAUAUACUAUUCAUAGUUUAGAUUGAAAUGUGUUCAACCAAUGCUCCAAGUGAUUUUUUGUUUCACUAAUCAAAGCAUUGUCUAUAAAAGAUUCAUUUUUUGUAUAAGAUAUAAAUGUGAGAGUGAAAGCAGUCUGUACAAGGAGUUAUGGCGCAUAUAAAAUAGAACUCACUUUUCUUUACAAAUAAUUAUAGUAUAUUACUAUAAUCAUUAUUGUUACAAUUUGACAUAUAAUGUUUUUCUGUGUCAAAAUUUCUUACAAUUUGUGAUAUUGAUUCAAUGAUAUAUACAUAUAUAUUUCUUUUCAUUUUAACAUAAUAAUUGUUGACAUUUUUAGAGAAAUCAUUUCAGGGCUCUUAGCCAGAGGGAUUAACAUUUUACAACAUAUUCAUUUAUUAUCUUUUUCUUAGACUUUUGAAAUGUUGCACCUUAUUGAUACUUUUUUAUGUGUAUUAUUCUUUUUUAAAUUCACUAAAUUUACUGGGUAAUUUUUUUUAUUUUUUAAGAGGCUUUGAAAUUAAGUGGCUUAGAGGUAAUCAGUUUGACCAAAAUCCUGAUAUGAAACCUGACAUGGUCCAACUGAUGACUAUUGAAAAUAAAGUGUUUUCUUUAGUAAAUAAUCUACAAUUAGUACAUCAUCAGUGGACUUAUUCCACUAGAUAAAAUGAUAAUAAUUCAACGUUAUAAAAAUAAAUAACAAAUUUCUUAAAAUCAAAAGAUCUAUGACAUCUAAGAUCAAAAUGGCUUGUUGUUUUGAAAAUGUAAAUUUUUGGUUUUGUAAAUUUUUAUUGAAAGAUCAUUAAAAACUAUUGAUAUAUGUGAGGAUCUUGAGAACUCAUGUCCAGCAAACUUUCUACCUCCAGGGAGGGAGAAUAUUAAGUUUGAAUCUCAUUAUUAUAAGUAUUUCAGUAAUUGAGUUUUUAUCAACUGCUGCUAAAUAAAAUUGGAUACAUCUAGAAAUAAACACUCACUGAAGUGUAAUUUAGUGCCAUUUUAGCAGCUUUUUAGAAAAGAACAAAUGGCUUCACAAAAAAUGUUUAUAUUACCGUAACAUGAAUGGUUGAUAAGUUAUGUUAUAUCAAAAAGCUUACAAUUUACACCUACAGAAAUUUAAAAAUAAAAAUUGAUUUGAUAAAUGCUGCCUUAAUCUGACAGACACAUUUUUAUAGUUUUUGUUGUUAAAACUUGUUUCAUUUUGUAUAAAAUGUUAUAUUGUGUCAUAGUUAUAUUUGAUGUUUAUAUUAUUAGUAUUAAAAAUGUAUUUUUUACACUUUUAACAAAUAUUGAAUUAAUUAAAAAUAAAAAGUGAGGGAUGUUAAUAAACUAAUGGUGAUUUAUGUUUGUGUUAUAUAGUAUUUUCUAAAUGACUAAUAAUCACUAAAAAUUAGAAGUUGCAUCAAACUUAAUCAUCUUGUGUUUUCUUUCUUGUUACCACAUUGUUCUGUUUUUAAGUGUACUUUGCAGUGUGAUUACUCUUUGGUAUGAAAACGUAAUAAAAUACAGGGUAACCAAAAAAUAAAAGAGGCCUGGUAUGAUUACAGAUAAAAAAAGAACCGGAGUCAUGCUGAACAUAAUAUUUGAAUUUAGCCCUCAAGAACUACGAAAUACUUACUAUGUUGUUAUUAUAAUAUUGUUUUUAUUAUUUUUAAAUAAACAUUAUAAUAUAUCAGAA